GGGUUUGCAGAUACUCGUUUAGAUUCUCAUAGCAUUGUUACUGUUAAGUCACCUAACUAUGGUAAAAUGAUACGAUUUAGCAUAAAUAUCAUAUGCAGAUUCAUGUUUACUUGCUAUUAUGCUCGUUGUCCAUGUUGUCUUAUGUUACCUUAUUUGACACUAUUUGCUCAAGCACAAUAAGGAAUAAAAGAACACUUUUAACACAAAAUCUUAAAAUGCACGAAGUACCAAAAAGUACCCUUCUAGCGGGGUAUGCGCGGAUUAUGUGAACUCUUGAAAUGCAUCUCAUUAAGGACAAAGUAGAAACAUAAAUAUUAGGUGGAUUAGAUGUGGGUAACUUUAAUAUUUAAAAUGGAUUGAGUCAAUAAAUUUAAAUAUUUAAAAUGGCUUGAGUCAAUCAUAUGAUUAAGGAAUGUGUCAUAGGCCCAAUUCUCUCAUCUCAAAACUAGUUACUAGUUCUAGUCUCUAGCUUUACAUUUAUUUGUUAAAAAAUAAAUAUAUUGUGCUAUCAAGAAUAUAAAGUUAUGUACAAAUUUAAUCAUUUUGUUUGUUUUCUUACAAUUCUAUUUUCUCUUAGAACUUUCUUAUGAGUGAAAAUGUGUUUUAAAUAAUUCAACAUUUUCUUGUGCAGAAUGCAAAGAUUUUCUGAAAAGUUCCCUUAUUCUGUUUGGAGAAAUUGGAGGAGAUGAUUAUAAUUUUCCCUUAUUAGGUGGAAUGCCCAUACAAAUGGUUCAAUCAAUGGUACCUCUAGUUAUUAAUAACAUCGGCCAGAUUAUUAAUGAAGUCAUCGAACUUGGAGCUGAAACACUUAUAGUUCCUGGAAAUUUACCAUUAGGAUGUUUACCAUCCUAUUUGGAUCGUUUUAUGAGUACUAAUAAAAAUGAUUAUUAUGAUCCAAACACUGGUUGCAUUAAUUGGCUAAACGAGUUUUCUGAGUACCAUAAUGUGAUGCUUCGAGUUGAACUCAAUCGUCUUCAACAACUUCAUCCUCAUGCCACAAUUAUUUAUGGAGAUUACUACAAUGCAUUGAUGCAACUUUACCUUUCUCCCCAAAAAUAUGGUGAGUCAGUUCUUAGUUUGAAUCGUUUGAUCUAAAACUUUAAAAUACCG